AUGUCAAUUGACAAUUUAAAGAAAUUUUUACAAAGUUAUGAUUUUGAAAAUUCCGGUGAUUUAAACAAAAUAGAAUGGAUAAAAUUAUGCUCUAAUUCAACAAUUAAUAUAUCUAGUGAAUUAUCAUUAACAUUAUUCAAUGAACUUGAUACAGAUAAUGAUGGAUUAAUUAAAAUAUCAGAUAUAUUACAAGAAUUAGAAAUAUGGAAAGCAUCGAAUCAAUCAAAUUGUAAUUUGAAUCAUUUUGAUAAAAUCGAUAAUAAUCAAUAUGGGAAUGAAUGUAAAAAUGAGGAAUUAAUAUUAAAACAAGAUCCAGUUAUCUUAGAAAGACGUAAAAAAAGAUAUCCAAUAAUUCCAUCGGAAAUAAUCAUAACAAAUGAAGAAAGCGAUCAAUGGAUGCCUAAAAAGGAAAUUAAUCCAGAUGGAUCAGAAGUUUUUACAACUACACCUAUAGUCAAAACUCCAAGAUACAGUAGUGUUUGUGAAUUAGAAAGUGUAAUAUCACAGAAUUAUCCAGAAUUAUUAAGUCCGUUCAAAAUUGUUCUAAAUGAUUUUCGAAAUGAACUUUUACGAACUAAAAAAGAAAAAAUCGAUUUGGAAGAAACAUACAUAAAAGAGAAGGAAAAACGUAAAAGUGAUUUAUCUAGAUUAGAAGGUGAACUUGAAUUACAGAUCAAAUCAAUAGAGGAACGUGCCAAAUCGGAAGUACAUGAAAAGUUACAAAGUGAGUAUAGAACACUGGUCUCUAACAAAGAACAAGAAAUCACAGAAAUACGGGAACAAGUUGAAAGUUUACAACGUAAAAUUAAAAAUCAUUCCUCUAAUUGUUGUGAUUCAAUGAAUAGUCCUAUUAUAUUGAAAAAAUUUACUGAUUCAUUUGAUAAAUCAAAUUCUUCUUUAAUUUCUUCUUUACAUUAUGAACAUCUUAAUCAAAAUGAAACGAUAGAACAAAAUUCAUAUAAAAUUGAAUUACAAAAUGUUUUAUCAAUUCUAGCUCAAAGAGAAUUUGAAUUGAAAACAUUAAAAGAUCAAUUAAUUCAACAAGAAACACAAUUAACAAUGGAUAAGCAUGAAUUAAUUAGUCAAGAAGAAGAGAAACAAAAUCUAUAUUCUCAAUUAAAUGUUAUGCGAACAACAAUGGAACGUUUAAAUAAAACAAACGACUACUUAUGUUCAGCGUUGCAUCGUGAAUCAAUUCACAGGCCAAGUAGAACGUCACCAUCGAGUGCUUUCUCAGAAUUUAUGGAACAAAGUGAUAACAACGAAACCAAUCUACAGCCAUGUAGAUUUUCAACAGGAAUCAAUUUUCCAUUAGAACCGUAUGAAUUUGAUAGUUUGGAAAAUAUUCUACCACUCCAACGCCAACAAAAUCAUCAUCUUGAUUCCACAUGUCGACGCUCAGAUUACUCUAGUGAGAAUAUUAGCAGUGUCAGUGGUUCCAAUUAUGAUAAGAAUGAAUUUAUAGCUCUCGAAAAUAAUACUGAAGAACAACACCCUACAGAAACUUUAACGCCAACACGUAUAUUUAAAGUGAUUUUAGUCGGGGAUUCAGGUGUUGGCAAAUCUAGUUUCUCAUAUCGAUUUUGUGAUGGAAUAUUUUAUCCACAACUUAGAGCUACUUUAGGAGUUGAUUUUCGAACAAAAAAUAUUAAAAUGAAUAAUUCAGUGUACACUAUUCAAUUAUGGGAUACUGCUGGACAAGAGACGUAUCGUUGUAUUGUCCGUUCAUAUUUCCGCAAAAUUGACGGUGUAAUUUUAAUGUAUGCAGUUGAUCAACCUGAUACAUUUGCAAAUAUCAAAUAUUGGAUGGAAAUGAUAAAAGAAUCGACAAGUGAAGAAAAUGUUCCAAUUCUUCUAGUUGGUAAUAAAGUUGAUUUACGCAAUACCAGUAGUAACAAUGCUAAAGAAAGUUAUAAUAAUAAUGAUGAUAUGAAAAAAGAUGAAUCGCACAAGUACAUCACAUAUGAAAUGGGUGCCAAUGUAGCUAAAUUACAUCACGUUUCAUUCAUUGAAACAAGUGUAUUAAGCAAGCAUAAUAUCACAGAAGCUGUUGAACUUCUUACGGAAGGGAUGAAGUUGAAUGAAGAUGAACAAGUUGCAGUUGUCACAUUAACUACAUCAUCAUCAGGAUCAUUGAAAAGAAAUAUUGGCAAAAUGUCUAAUACAAACAGAAAAAUGUGUUGUACAUAAUCUAUGAGCGUUUACAUACACAAAUAUUCACAUAUUGUAAUAUUUAUUCAGUUGUAUAUUUCAAUGAAUAACAAAAAAAACCAACCCCACAGAAUUCCAAUGACAUUGAUGAGAAAGAGAAAAUGGGGUUGGUGUUGAUGAUUAUAACAAUUAAUAAUAAUAAUAAUAAUAAUAAUAAUAAUAAUAAUAACAAUAAUAAUAAUAAUAAUAAAAACUAGAAUUACCUAAGAGUAACCAGAAUUUAUUAGAUACAACGUUAUUUGUCUAUUUCUCACAUGAUUGGCUGAACUAUGUAAUUAAAUUAACAAAUUAAUUUCUCAUUCUCCUUAUAUCUAUCGCGUAUACGCCCUUAUACAAAUAAAUGAAACAACAAGGAUACUCAUUAAAACGAAUGUGCCUAAUGUGAAUCAUUUUCUUUAAAUAUUUAAUGCUUAUUUCAUGCAUCAUUGUGUUCUCUGUCCAGUCAUCAAUAAACAGUAUGAUAUUACAUUGGUCUCAAGUUUUGAUUAUCUGCUAUUUCCUAUUUGGAAACUGUAAUUCUUCAACACACACACACACACGUACACAAAAUGUGUCAUCAUAGAUUAAGUUUAUAAAAGACAAUGCAUAAGCAGUAAUAAUAUCAAUAUCCACAUAAUUGAUUUUUAUUCUAAAUGAGAUCAAUCAAUUGAAUUUCAUUGUUUCUUCCUAUAUUUAUUUUGUUAUGAUUAUGACAAAUUAUAUUGAUCUUUUUAAUGUUUCCGUGACCCGA